GGAAAGGGUAGGUGUAAGGGUAGGCGAUGGGUAAGUAGAAUAGGGUUUGGACCCUCGCAUAGUGGAUUUUAUUCGCAUCCGGUGUGGGCUUGGUGGAACGCAGACCUUACAGGGUCUUCAAUUCUCCCUUCAGAAACCUCACACUGACUACAUAGUGACAACCUACCAUCCUGCUGUCACUUAAAAAGAAGUCAUUUACGCAAAAACUUGACCUGAAAAUACCUUUAAAAUAUAUAUAUAACAUGCUGAUGGGUAUCCUAAAGCCGAAAAGAACAGGUUGAGAGAUAUUACAGUAAACGGCGGGUAGUUUCCCUGACAGGAAGUCAUCUUGACAGUUCAACUUCUCUGCCCCCAAGGAGGAAGCAUAUUUCAAAAUGCGCAGCGAGGACGAGCAGCUCGCCUGCAGAAUGAAAGAGACACACUUGAGAAGUAAAGAUAAAAAAGGUCGACUCAGUCUUCUUCUGGCCAGGUCUGGAUCCCACGAAAAUGUCAGUCCCGAUAAGAAGCCCCAAGCAAAAAGUAACCAUAUACCACCGGACGUGGCUAUGAAAUGGAGUGACUCAUUUGAGGACUUGCUGAGUCACUCAGAUGGUGUGGAAGUCUUUACACGGUUUUUGCGUACAGAGUUUAGUGAGGAAAACAUUGAGUUCUGGUUAGCCUGCGAAGACUUCAAAACCACUGAGUCUUCAACCAAACUGCAGACUAAAGCCAAACAGAUACACGCUAUUUUCAUCGAUAAGGAAGCUCCCAAAGAGAUCAACAUCGACCAUUCAACCAAAGCUGCCAUUGAGAAGAACAUUCUUCAGCCGACCAACUCCUGCUUCGACGCAGCGCAGCAUAAAAUCUAUGGCUUGAUGAAAAGAGACUGCUAUCCCCGAUUCCUCGCCUCCGACAUCUACCUGACCCUAACAAAGAGAUCAGGUCCACCUACUAUGACCAGGAGAAGAUCCCGUUCCUUCGUUUUCAAUGAACGUCCUGAAGGCACAGCGGCCUGGUUGUAGAUCUGUACUGUAAUGCUAGUUUUUGUGUUGGUACAGUUGAAGUCAGACUCAUUAGCCCUCCUGAAUUUAUAUAUGUAUAUAUAUAUAUAUAUAUAUAUAUAUAUAUAUAUAUAUAUAUAUAUAUAUAUACUGUAUUCACACCAGACGCGGUACGCGUGGAUAAAUCUUACUAUUCAUGCGUAAAUAGACGUGUUAAAAUUUGAGUUUACUUGCUUCAUUUGCACACCAAAAUCUGAUUUAUUUUGACCUCAAAAUGAGUUUUAACAAAAUUAAGAACUGCUUUUUAUUCUAGCCAAAAUAAAACAAAAUAAAAGACUUUCUCCAGAAGAAAAACUAUUUAAGGAAAUACUGUGAAAAAUGUAUUUCUCUGUUAAACAUCAUUUAGGAACUAUUGGAAAAAGGAAUAAUAAAUCACAGGAGGGCUAACAACUUUGACUUCAACUGUAUAUUGUCAGUAGCACUUGAUCCCGUGACACCUCUUAGCUAUUUAUUAACAUUAGUUCCCGUGUUGCUGGUUGUGUAUUUAAAUACUAAUCAUCCUGUCGUCGUUGUCAAAUGCUCGAUUUGUGCUUGAAGGUUUCCAUGCCGAGGUUAAUUUAAUCUACUUGUUUAGAAUGGCUAAACAUUGUAAAUAACUGUUUUUGUGACAAAAGCUCUGUGUAAUAAACUGUACAUAAAUGUCUUUUAAUUACA